CAAGUCUUGACUCCACCGCGCUGCACUUCUUUGACUUUUGAACUUUCUUUCUUGCUAAUAACAGCAACAGUAGGACUGGAUUUCAUUUGGGAGUUUUGCAGAAAUGGUGGUGGAGGUGCUUCUGGGCGCUUUUGUUCAGUUGCUGUUGGAGAGGUUAACCUCGCACAACUUGCUCAGUUUCGGUCAAUUCCACGGGGUUGGGAGGAAGCUCAAGAAAUGGGGUACAACUCUGUCUGCAAUUGGAGCUGUGCUGCAGGAUGCUGAGAAGAAGCAACUCACAAGCGAGGCGGUGAAGCUGUGGCUGGAUGAGCUCAUGCAUUUGGCUUUUGACAUUGAUGACAUCUUGGACGCCUUUUCCACCCAGCUCUUGGUGAUCAGUCACCAAAAUGGGGCUGGCACAAACAAGGUACAAUGCCUCUUUUCGAGUGUUAAGUUCAACUUUAACAUGAAUUCUGAAAUAAAGGACGUUGCUGAUAGAUUAAAAGUAAUAUCUGAAAGAAAAGAUAAGCUGGGUUUAGUGUAUAGUGAUGAUCCAUGUUACCCUCGGGCAUCACAAAGGUUGCUGAGUUCAUAUGUGUUGGAUGGACCUGUGGUUGGAAGGGAGGAUGACAAGAGAGUGAUAGUUGACUUGUUAAAAGAUCAUGAGCCUAGUUUAACCACCAAUUUCCAAGUCUUGGCCAUUGUUGGUAUGCCGGGGCUUGGCAAGACCACACUUGCAGGGCAUGUGUUUAAUGAUAAGGAAAUGGGGCAGUUCAAUCCAAAGGUGUGGGUAUCUGUUUCUGAUGGCUUCAGUCUUGAGAGAGUUACGAAAACGAUUUUCAAGUUAGUAACAUCCCGGGAUUCUGAUGAUUUAGAUGAAUUCAGUAAAGUGCAGGAUCUUCUUAGCGAGGCAUUGACAGGCAAAAAGUUUCUGAUUGUUCUGGAUGACGUUUGGAGUACUUGUGAUUAUGACUCAUGGACAAAGCUCCAGUCUCCCUUUCGUGUUGGAGCACCAGGAAGUCAGAUACUGGUGACUACUCGAGAAGAAAAAGUUGCGAAAUUGAUAGGAGCAACUCAUGUUUAUAAUUUGAAGACACUCUCGGAUGAGGAUUGUUUGGAAGUAUUUCAGCAACAUAUUAACAGCAAUAGACCACCGAAUUUUACUCUGCUUUGCAAGAAGAUUGUUGACAAGUGUAAUGGAUUGCCAUUGGCUGCAAAGACUCUUGGUGGUAUUUUACGCUGUAAAGAGGCUGGUAGUUGGGAAGACGUAUUGGAUGAUAAAUUGUGGAGUACAUCAAAUCACGAGAGCAACAUUCUGACAGUACUGAAAUUGAGCUAUCAUUAUCUUCCUUCGAACUUGAAGAGGUGCUUUGCAUAUUGCUCCAUACUUCCAAUCAAUAUGAAUUUGGGAAAAAACAGUUGAUUCUUGUGGAUGGCAGAGGGUUUCCUUCAUCAAACAGGAAGUAAGGAGAUGGAAGAUAUUGGUGGUGACUAUUUUGAGGAGCUAUUGUCUCGGUCAUUGUUUCAGAAGUCAAGCAAGAAUAAUUCCAGAUAUGAAAUGCAUGACCUUGUUGGUGAUUUGGCACGGUGGGCUGCAGGAGAUAUUUGUUUCAGAUUGGAGGAUAAUCUGGAUGGAAGAUGCUCUCCAAAGACUCGUCAUGCAACUUAUAUAUCUGGCAAGUUUGAUGGGGUAAAAAAAUUUGAAACCUUCUCUAAAGCCAAACGUUUGCGGACUUUCCUACCAAUUUCAAUUUCACAUGGUCGUGAGAAUCAUCAGACUCGUAAGGUUGCUUCUCAUUUACUGCCAAAUAUGAAGUACUUAAGGGUGCUAUCGUUUAAUGGCUAUCAAAUGACUGAACUGCCGGAUUCAAUUGGUAGACUGAAGCAUCUGAGGUACCUUGAUCUUUCUCACACAUUAUUACUGAGUUUGCCUGAUUCAAUAUGCUCUCUUUACAACUUGCAGACGUUACUAUUGGAUAAUUGUUCCAAAUUGAAGGCUUUACCUUCAAACAUUAGCCAUUUAUCUAAGCUACGUCAUCUCAACAAUUCUAGCAUGCUUUCUUUGGAAGGAAUGCCUCCCCAGUUAGGUAAAUUGAGCAACCUGCAAACAUUAUCCUGUUUUGUGGUGGGCAAAGCUAGGGAGUCAGGUGUGAAGGAGAUAGGCCCUCUUCAUCUUCUUCGUGGGACAUUGUGCCUCUCAAAAUUAGAAAAUGUCAGUGAUGUGGAUGAUGCAAGAAGGGCUGACUUAAUAUGCAAGGAAGGGAUUGAUAAAUUGCAACUAGAAUGGAGUGGCAGAGAAGAAAAGGAUUCAGAUGUGCUGGACAUGUUAAAGCCUCACAGAAACCUCAAAGAGCUUACUAUAAAAGGCUAUGGUGGUUUGGAAUUGCCAUUAUGGAUACGUAAUCCUUUGUUCUCUGAUCUGGUGCUUUUGAGGUUAGAGAAUUCUAAUAAUUGUCGAUUCUUGCCACAACUUGGCCAACUACCUUCUCUCAAGGAACUCUUCAUUAGAGGAAUGUCUCAAGUGGAAAGUGUUGGUGUUGAGUUCUAUGGAGAGGGUACCUUAUCUUUUCCAGUACUGGAGAAUCUUGUGUUUGAGGAUAUGCAACACUGGAAGGGAUGGUUCCCUCGUGAAGAAGAUCGAAUUGGAGUUUUUCCUUCCUUGAAAAUGCUUUCUGUCAUUAGGUGUCCCCAAUUGGUUGUUUCUGUUUCAAACUAUACACAACUCUGUGCAUUACAAGUCCAUGACUGCUACGGGGUGGUAUUUAGAGGUGCUGUUGACUUUGAGUUACUUGAACAUAUGUAUCUUUCAAAUUUGUCAGUGUUGAGACUUGAAACUGAAAAAUCUGCGGAAUGCAUGAGGGGCUUAAGAAAUGUUAAAGGUUUGGGAAUUACUAAUAGUGAGGAAUCAUCAUCUUCCUGGAAGAAUGAGGAUAUAAUACUGCAGCACCUGAGUUCUCUUCGUAGUUUGUUUAUUGAAAGAAACUCCAAACUUAUUGAAUUACGUCACCUGACAUCACUUCAAGCGCUUCGCUUAUAUAGGUGUGAAAGUCUAGUUUCUAUUUCCGAAGAAUGUUUGCCAGCUUCGCUUAAAGAUCUGUGGAUUGAAAGGUGUGAUUCUCUUAGGUGUUUUGCAAAGUACCAGAUACCUCCAAGUCUAAGGAGAGUAGGAAUAAGAGAAUGCAGAAGGUUGAACUUACUCGUUGGGGAGAAUGUGGAGGGUUCCUCAUCCUCUUCUUCUUCUUCUCACUGUUUGAUGCAAGAUGAUACAUCUUGUCUUGAGUAUUUGGAGGUAUGGGAGUGCCCAUCUCUUACAUGCUUAUCAUCCAAGGGCCAACUUCCCAGGGCACUUAAACACCUUCACAUAAGGGAUUGUGAACGACUGGAGUCGAUAACAGAUAUGUUCAACAGUGAAACUUGUCUUGAGUAUAUUGUCAUACAGAGUUGUGCAAAUCUUAAAUCCUUACCAAACCGCCUAUACAACCUCAGCCAUCUUCAACAGUUAAUUCUUAUGGAUUGUGGAAGUCUGCUUUCCUUCCCAAGUGGAGGGUUGCCAACAGGAGACUCCACCCUGACAAGCAUCUUUAUCUACAAUUGUGAUAGCUUGGAAGCUUUCCCCAGAGGAAUGAACAAGCACACCUCUCUUCAGACAUUGUGGAUUGGUUACUGUGAAGGUUUGGCAUCCAUUCUACAAGAGGGGUUUCCCCCAAACCUUGUUGAGCUUUACAUUGUGAACCCCUUACGUUGCAAGCCACUCUCUGAGUGGGGAUUGCAGUUGCACAGACUCAAUUCCCUGAAAGAGUUGUGGAUCCAGGGUGUAGAUCCAAAAAUGGUGUCAUUUCCACCAGAGGAGAUGGAGAUGCUGCUCCCUAAAUCUCUCAUUAAAAUCAGAAUUGGAGACUUCUCAAAGCUAAGGCGCCUAUCCAGCAAGGCCAUUCAGUCUCUCACCUCUCUUGAAUCUCUUAGAAUUGAAGAUUGUCCAAAGCUAGCGUCCAUUCCAGAGGAGGAUCUGCCUAUUUCACUGACACAACUGCAUAUCUCCAAUUGUCCUCUGCUAAAGAAGAGAUACGGACCAGGGAAAGCACCACACUGGCCCAAAAUAUGCCACAUUCCUUAUAUACAGAUUUAAUAGUACACACCAAAACGCUUGUAACAGGAAGGCCUUUGUCCCCAUAUAAUUCGAAGUGGAGAUGGAGCAGAUAUUUGGGGCUUGUAUUCUAGGUGGUAGAAUAUUAAAGGAGACCUUGCAAUGAGCAGGGGAGCUUGGCUAAAGCAAGUCAGAUCAUACUAGGCGGCAGUGAUGAACUUCUCUCAGCUGAAAGGCACCUAUGGAACAUAAUUACAAAACAGCGUUGAAUUUCUCAGACAUGGAAGAACUUCAAGGCUGCCUUGAUGAAGUGAAGUUAAAAAAUUUGAUCCCCAAAGCGUGUUUAGCUACUUAAAAGUUUAUUUUGGUAGUGCCUUCCUGGAAAUUUGAUGUGCGUAAAAUGACAAGGUCAGACCUGCUGCUACAGCAUCGGAUCUGAUUUCACUUAUUUUUUGUUAGCUUAACAUAAUCACAAAUUAAGCUAUACAGUUUGGACCUGUAUAACAGAUGUCAUGCUUCACAAAGUAGCUGGCUUGGGAGUGGUUUUUGCAACUGUAACUAUGGUCUAACUGUACGUUAUUGUCAGGAAGUUUGUUCCACCUUUGGUUGAUUUGACAAGUUUGCGCUGCUAUUUUCAUCUCUACAAUUUUUAUCUGUCAUCAACUCAUCAUGCUGGAAAGUGAGAAGAACUCAUUUCUGGACUCUGGAGGAAUGGUAACUAGCUGCGGUUUGGGUUCAUCGGAUGAAAGUUUUCUUGUCAUAAAGAAAAUCAUCAAAUUUGUCAAAUAUGCGCAAAAGGAAAAUGUUCAAACAACAUGUUGGACAGUCAAUAUAGUUGGGAUCUAUAUUCUAAUUUCUUACCAUAUGCAGAUACCUAGGAGUGAACAAACAACUCUUAUGCAGCACAAACAGAUUAUUGAUU